AGUUUUCAAAGUAAUUUACAACGUUUGAAUUAUUUAUUUUUUUUUAAAUCAAGUUAUAUUUUGUAUAUAAAAUUAAUCAAACUAGAAAUUUGAAAAUUUAUUAUAUUUAAACAAAGAAAAUUUUCAGUUAAGAGAAAAAAUAAAAAAAAAAAUAUUUUAUAAAACAUUUAAAAAGCAGUGCAUUUAUACAUUGUGGUAUUAUACAAAAAAAAAAAAGACAAAUUAUAACUGUUAUACAAUUUUCAAAUUAUUAUAAAUACAUAAAAUAGUAGAAAACCAUGUCAGAAGCCCAAUACGAUAAAUACGAGCAUUAUAAUUUUGAUCACGAUAAGCAUAUUUUCUCUAGUCACAGCGGUAAACAACGUUCAAAAAAAGAAGCUAGCACACAUACAAAUCAUUUUGAUCCAAGCGGACAUUCUAGGAAAAUCUUAACAAAAUUAAUGAAUACCGAUUCAAAUAAUAAAACAAAGAAGUGAUUUUAAUUCAAAAAAAAAAUAAAUUUUUAAAAUUUAAGUUAACAA